AUGGCUUUGACAAUAAAUUGGAAGCUUGCUUUCUUAGAUCUACUAGUUAUAGGAAUGUGGGCUUCUGAAGCAACAUCUCGAGACUUGAACGAAGCCUCAAUGGUCCAGAAACACGAGAAGUGGAUGGCUCGCUUUGGGCGUGUGUACAGAGAUGAUGCAGAGAAGGCAAAAAGGUUCAACAUAUUCAAGGACAAUGUUGAUUACAUUGAGUCAAUCAACAAGGCUGGAAUGAGGCCUUAUACGUUGAGCAUCAACAGAUUUACGGAUUUGACAAAUGAGGAAUUCAGAGCCACUCACAACGGAUACAAAACGUCUUCUAAUCAAAAGUCAUCAAAAACCAUAUUAUUCAAGUACGAAAAUGUGACUGCUCCAUCUACCACGGAUUGGAGAAAGAAGGGUGCUGUUACUGGAGUUAAGGAUCAAGGCCAAUGUGGAUGUUGCUGGGCAUUUUCCGCUGUUGCAGCUACUGAAGGGAUAAACAAGAUCAAAACUGGUAAGUUAAUCUCUUUGUCUGAGCAAGAACUGGUGGACUGCGACACAAGUUCAGAUAUGGGAUGUGAGGGAGGUCUUAUGGAUGAUGCUUUUAAGUUCAUCAUCAAGAAUCAUGGGCUUACUACUGAAUCUAAUUAUCCAUACAAGGGAACGGAUGGCAGUUGCAAAACCAGAAAGGAAUCCAAUGACGCUGCUAAGAUUACUGGUUAUGAAGAUGUCCCAGCCAACAGUGAAUCUUCUCUGUUGAAUGCUGUUGCUAACCAACCUGUAUCUGUCGCCAUUGAUGCUAGCGGAUCAGAUUUCCAAUUCUAUUCUAGUGGUGUUUUCACCGGAGAAUGUGGAACUGAAUUAGAUCACGGCGUUACAGCUGUUGGAUAUGGAAAAACUAGUGAUGGGACAAAGUAUUGGUUAGUGAAGAACUCCUGGGGGACUAGCUGGGGCGAGAACGGUUACAUUAGAAUGCAAAGAGACAUUGCUGCUGAGGAAGGACUUUGUGGAAUUGCUAUGCAGGCUUCUUAUCCAAUUGCUUGA